AUGAAAGCAGUAGAAUGCAUAGAUAUCGAGGGCGGAAAAGGCCCAAGAUCCGCUCUACACAUCACGUCGGUCCCGCGCCCCAAACCCGCCGACUCCCAAGCCCUCGUCCGCAUCAAAGCCUUUGGCCUCAAUCGCAUGGACCUCCUCCAGCGCGAGGGCAUGUACCCCGUCCCUCCACAGGCCUCCAAGAUACUCGGCGUAGAAUUCAGCGGCAUAAUCGAAGAGCUCGGUGCCGGCGGUGGCGGCCGCGAAAACUUCAACGUAGGCGACGAAGUUUUCGGGCUGGCCUACGGCGGUGCCUACGCAGAGUACAUCGCCGUCAGCACGCACAUGCUUGUGCGCAAGCCUGCGGAGCUGAGCUGGGAGCAAUGCGCGGGGAUCCCCGAGACGUGGAUCACGGCGACACAGGCGAUGUAUCUCAUCUCGCAUUUCGCGCCUGGGAAGACGAUUCUCUGGCAUGCGGCUGCGUCGAGUGUGUCAAUUGCGGGGAUUCAGCUGAGCAAGGCGGAUGGCGCAGCUGCUGUUUAUGCUACGGCACGCCAGGACGAGAAGUGCGAAUUCGUGGUCAAGGAGCUUGGCGCGACGGCUGCGUUCAAUACUACUACGCAAAAUUGGUCUGAGGAGGUGCUCAAAGCAACGGACGGAAAGGGCGUCGAUAUCAUCGUGGACUACAUUGGUGCUCCUUACUUUGGCGACAAUCUCAACGCGCUUGCGAGGGAUGGCGUGUGCGUUAGUUUGGCAGUUAUGGGCGGCUCGAAGCUACCUGAGGGUGUAGACGUGAGUGCGUUCGUCAGGAAGAGAAUAUCAUUUGUGGGUAGCAGUUUGAGGAGCAGAGAUGAAGAGUAUCAAGGAAAGCUGCGCGAUCAAUUGGUCGAGCAUGCGCUGCCGCGGUUCAAAGACGGAAGAUUUAAAAUACUUGUCGAUACGGUGCUUCCGUGGGAGAAGAUCCAGGAAGCGCAUCAGUUGAUGGAAGAGAACAAGACGAAGGGCAAAAUUAUUUGCACGAUUUCGUAG